AUGGAUCUCUUCGAGGUCAAGCCUCUAGUCAUGGCGGCUCUAGAAGAGAAGACACCCGCGGAGGCUGAGGUCGUUCAGCCUCCGUGCGCCCCGCACAACGACGCGCACCACGCCGUGGAUGAUGUAUUUCAUAUUGGGGAGUACCAUGGACGCAAUGUGUAUCAUCUUGUAACAAAAAUCGAGAAUCAGCUGGCAGCCGUCCGCACUUGGACGGGAAUACCGGGCUUCCGGUAUCUGCUGAACAAGGUGGAGGGUAUGGAACCAGAAAAUGGUUCCGAGUUCGAGAGCAAAGUCUCCGAAGACGUCAAUACUGGCGAUGAGCUUGUCAAGGCGCAGGAGGCGCCCGAUCAAGAUAUCCUCUUUGCCAACGAGUUCUUCGAGGUGAGACAAUCUAGCCUAGGUGGUUACGGUGCCUUUGCGGCAAAGCCAUUACCCGAGAGACAACCGAUUCUCGUGGAGCUCCCGCUGCUGAGGACGAACUCCAUGGACUUGAUGAAGAACUUUGCAAAUCUGUCGCCCUAUAAGCAGAAUGCAUUUCGCUCGCUCCAUGCCUACCACCCGAACCCCUCGGCAAGUCACCUGGAGGCAGUAUGGAACGCGAAUGCCUUUGAGACUCACCCGAUGAACUCCGCCUACGCCAUUGCUGCGAGAUUCAAUCACGCCUGUCCGCCGGCCAACAACGUCAAGUACGCCCAGGAUCGGCCGCGCGGGGUCAUUGUUUUGACAACCAGCAAGCCCGUGGAAGAGGGUCAGGAGCUGACAAUCUCGUACGGAGGUACCAGUCGUUCCCUCCUUGAGAAGUACGGCUUCCAGUGCAGCUGCGGUGCUUGCUCUGGGGUCUCGAAUGCCGACGCCGUGGUGCGGGAGCGGGCCAGCAUCAAAGCCAUGGCCGCCGACGCAAGCUCCAUCCGCACCGUGCAGACGGCCUCGGUGGUCCUCUCGACCGCCCUGGCCGGCGGGUCCGCCGCCGUCUCGGCCUUUGUCAUUCCGCGGCUGCUCGAGUCGCCCACGCCGCUCAUGCUGCGCCAGUGGGGCCGCAUGUUUGACGCGACCAAGUUUGUCUUCCCGGGAGGCUCCGUCGUCGCCGCCUCGGCCUACCUGUACCUCUACCUCGCGCCCCGCCUGGGCGGUGGCGGACCCGCCGUCGUCGUAAGCAGGGUCACGGGCGGCAGCGGCUGGUACCUCGUCGCCGCGGCGCUGUGCGCGGGCUUCCUGCCGUACACGGCCGUCGCGGUGCUGCCGACCAACAGGGUCCUGGCGGCGCGGGUGGACGAGGCGGACCGCCUGGCGCUCAAGGACGGGGUCGAGGAGGAGGUGCCGUCUGUCGCGACGGCGGUGGCGACGGCGGCUUCGGAGAAGAAGACGCAGGGCGGCUGGGGCGAGGACAAGACCUCCAAGUGGCUGGUCGACCACUGGGGGAUCAUGAGCCUGCCUCGCGCGGCCAUGCUGGGCCUGGCUGGUGUCAUUGGCGCGUGGGCUUCGCUCUGA